AUGUCCAAGAAGAACUUUACUAAGCUUCUUUUCGAGUCUCCUUCAGUUCUAAAUGGUGAAGAAAAAGAAUUAACAAGAAACGAUUUUGACUUUGAGCGCAGGCUUGGAGAAGGAGCUUUUGGUCAGGUCUGAAGAGUUCGGCAUAAACUGACCUCAAAGCAGUAUGCGCUAAAACAAGUUCUUAAAGAAAAGGUAACUAAAAUGAUACCGCAGUUUAGAAGAGAGGUCUUAAUUAUGUAUGAACUAAAUCAUCCUCAUAUAAUAAAGCUUUACAAUCAUUUUGAGGAUGAGAAAUCUUUUUAUCUUAUAAUGGAAAUGGCUGAAGGUGGAAACUUAUUCCAUAGGCUUUAUAGAGAAAGAACCUUUUUAGAGCCAGUUGCUGCUCAAUAUUUUAGAGAAAUUAUUUUAGCCGUUGAAUAUUUGCAUUCUCAUGUCCCAGCAAUUAUACAUAGAGAUAUAAAACCUGAAAAUAUUUUGUUAGAUAAAGAUGGACGUCUAAAGUUAACUGAUUUUGGAUGGUCUAAUUAUUAUUCUGCUGAAAGCGGAGCACCAAGAUAUACUACUUGUGGGACAUUAGAAUAUUUACCACCUGAAAUCGUUUCAGAAACUGGCCAUAGUACAGCUGCUGAUAUAUGGUGUAUGGGGAUUUUGCUAUAUGAAAUGCUCACUGGAGGUACUCCCUUUAAAUCUGGAAAAAGAGAUAAUAUGUUAGCCAGCAUUGUGCAAGCUAAAGCAAAAUAUCCUAUGAAUAUGUCUCCAUUGGCUAAAGAUUUAAUAUCGCAUUGCUUAGAAAGAGACCCAUCAAGAAGGCCAACUGCAACUGAAUGUAAAGAGCAUAGAUGGCUAUUAGAGCACCCUCCUAUACGAGAAACUAUUACCCAAGAUGCUAUUCCAAAGGUUUUACCUGAAAAUAUUGAUGCCCCAAAAAUCACUUGCGGCUAUGAAGUUAUAAAUAAGCAAGAAGAUACAAAAGAAGCCAAAGAAGAAAUUUCAGAGCCUGAUAAACCAAUUCCUGAUUCUUCACGCAGCAUGUCUUUUGGACUUAAUUUUUUAUCGGCAGGCAUUUCCUUGGAGCCAUUUAGCUGGACGUUUUUUCUCCUCAAACAUUUGCUCGGUGAAAUCUGUUAUUUUUCAACAAAAUGGCUCAAAGGAAAUUGCUGAAAAUGUCUCUGACUCCCUCCCCCCUUUAAAUUGAAACAAAAUAUAGGUAAAAUUCCUACUUUUUUGGGAAAUUACCCCCCCUUUAAAUUGAAAAACAAAAUUUUAUAUUAUAAUAGAAAAUUUUAUAGGUAAAAAUCAUUAUUUUAUAUGUAAAUACGUUAAUACCCUAUUUAAUAUGCUUCAAACAUAUAAGAUUUAGAAAUUAAACUCUAUUUUGUCCAAUUGUUAUGGGGAGAGUUAGAAGAAUACCAUUUCAGCAAGUUUACACUUUGAGAUUGAGAAAUUUAUGAAUUAAUUUUUCAUGAAAUUAUAAAAUUUUAUCUCUGAAAAAAUUUUUAUAUAUAAAUUUUUUUAUAAAAAAAUUUUCUUAACCCCCUUUAAAUUGAAACAAAAAAUUUUUUGUUUCAUUUUAAGGGGGGGAGUGAGAAAAAACAUGUGUCCAUUCUUCAUAUAAGAAAAGUAUUCAUAUGCUGAAAGACAAUAUCUCAAAUAAAGCUGAAGACCUUCAAAAAACAAAAUCAAUUUUAAAUAAGCAAAUUCAAGAAAUAGCACAAGCUAAUACAAGAAUCAAAGAAUUAGAAGAUAAGAUACAAGAAGGGAAAAAUGAAUUUUCAAGGCUUGUGGUUUCAGAAAAAGAAUGCCUACUUAAAAUAUCUGAUUUAAAUUUGGAUCUUGAGAAAUAUGCAAGCUCAACAGAUAUGACGAGCUUAGUUGAGCAAGUAAAUAGCAAAAAUAAAGAAUUUAUAGAAAAAGCACAGCAGGUUAAGCUAUUCCAAAAAACAUUAGAAAAUACUAGAGAAAGUGUGAAAACAAAAACUAUUGAAGUUAGUGAGAAAGAAAAAGAGCUACGUGCAUGUGAGAGUUAUCUUAAGAAAAUCAAGGAGGAUUCAAGUGUCUGCAAAAUAGAAAAACAUUCAGAGAUUUCUAGUUUAGUGACUAACGCAGAAGUUCUUAACUUAUUUAUCAAUGAAAUUGUUGUUUUUAGUAUUUUAUUUUAAUAAAUGUUUUAUUAAAAAUAAUUUUUGAAAUAAAAGUUAGAUCACAAGUUGAAAGAAAAUAUCAAUCUCUGCAUAGCCUUGGCAAAGAAGAAAGCUUAAUUGCAAGAGAUUUAAUGAAUUAUGUACAAGAAAAACUGGAUGACCUUAAUGGCACUUCUAAACAUGCUAUUGACAAAAAGUUGAGUGAAAUUAUGGAAGAAGUUUUAGAAAAGGAACAAAUGCUAUUAGAAGCCAAGCUUGAAUAUGAUGACAAAAAAGCUAAAAUAAUUCAAAGCAUCAGAAAUAAUAAAGAAAACCUUAUUAAAGCCGCUAAACAAAAUACAGAAAAAGCAAUAAAGUCAAAAGCAGAAAAAUCUGAAAUUUUAAGAGAAAAAAUAAAAGAAAAAUUAAACGAAGCUAGAAUUUCUGAGCUGAAAUUUUAUAUAGAGCCUAUACAGAUUGAUCACGAAAAAGAAAAAAUAAGGGUAUUUAUUAUGUAGAGCAUGAAAAGAGCGCUGAAAAAGCUCAAUAAGUCAAUGGAAUCAAUAACUGAAGAAAGAAAAAUGCUGAAAGAAGUGACUGAAAAGAAAAGAGCUGAAGUAGAAGACAUUGAAAUGGAAAUAGGAAAAGCAAAGGUAGCGCUUUUAGAUAAAGGCUUAUUUUUAUUGAUGAAAAAAUAA